CUCACCUGUCACCGCUGGCUCCUGCGCUCGCGUCCGCACUGGUCCCGGCGCGGGGGGCGGCGGCCCCGCCACCAUGAUACAUUUCAUAUUGCUCUUCAGUCGACAAGGGAAAUUGCGGUUGCAGAAGUGGUACAAGACGCUCCCUGACAAAGAAAGGAAGAAGAUCACCCGGGAAAUCAUUCAGAUCAUUCUCUCCCGGGGCCAGAGAACAAGCAGUUUUGUUGACUGGAGGGAUCUAAAACUUGUUUAUAAAAGGUAUGCUAGUUUAUACUUUUGCUGUGCAGUAGAAAAUCAGGACAAUGAGCUCUUGACCCUAGAGAUUGUGCAUCGUUAUGUGGAGUUGCUGGACAAGUACUUUGGAAAUGUCUGUGAGUUAGAUAUUAUAUUUAAUUUUGAGAAAGCAUAUUUUAUCCUGGAUGAGUUUAUCAUGGGUGGAGAAAUUCAGGAGACAUCCAAGAAAUCUGCUGUCAAGGCCAUGGAAGACUCUGAUAUGUUACAGGAGACAUUGGAGGAAUACAUGAGCAAGCCUACAUUCUAACUACACAUCUACCUGAAGACUGAGUCCGACGAUGUGCACCUUUGAAGAAGCAAUUCCUUGUUUCCAGUUAUUUUACUACUUCUUUAACACCAGGCCAAAAAGAAAUUUUAAAGGGAUUUUUUUUGGUUAACUAGUAAAAAUUAAACAUGUUUAACAGGAAUUAUUUAUCACUUUUACAAGUCUGUAUUAUAUUGUAUAUGUCUAUCCUGAAUGUUUAAAUAACUGAUUCAUGACUCUGUCAGCUUAUGAUAUAUAAUUUAAAAGAUAUUUGUUUGCUAUGUUUUAACUCCAUUAGAAAAAUUUGUUGCAACAUAUUUGUUGCAUUUGACCUCUGACUAAUAGGCUGAAAACUGCAUUGUAAUAAUUCCUAAAUUUCACUGUAAAGUGUAUCGUGUAUCAGUACUUUUUAUCACUGGUUAGCUUUUUAAAUGAUAAACAAAUUCAAAAUUAUUAUUAGCAUAAAGUUCAUACAUAAUGCUAAAUGUCUUAAUAUUCCUAAUAACACUGUGAUUGCAGUCUAGAUACAAUGUAUCUGAUGUUUUUAAUGUCCUGGAUUUAAUUA